AGCGGCGGGCGAGACCGCGCGAGCAGGCGUGGCGCUGACGUGGCGGCGGCACCGGCACCAUGCGGGGCGGCGGCGGCGGCUCGGACACCAGGACUGGACAUCACAGACAGCAGAAGCUCAAGAAGCCCUUGGCAAAUAAAAAGUCUAAGCAACUUGAGGAGGUGGAAACUUCUGUUCUAGAAGUGAACAGUAACUGUGAUGACACAGUCACCAACAUUUCCUCUGCCUCAUCGAAGGGCCCAGUGAAUGGGAGUGUGGAGCCCAGGAGCAAGCGGACUAUUCGCAGGCCUGCUUACUGGUUAGAAAUGAGAGGAAUGAAAAACAGUGUCAACAAAUCUUCAGAAAAAAAAGGAGAAGUACUCUUGAAAGGCAAGAGGAAAUCUGAGCAAAGGGAAGGCAGAGAUGUUAAAGACUCUCCCAAGAAGAAGCAGAAGAUUUCGGGGAAAAAACAGCCAACUGGAACAAAACAAAACACCAGAACGAAAGGCCACUGUGUUCAAAAAGAGCCAGAAACCUAUGACACAGGUAGUAUGGAAGAGCAAUGGUCUUUAGAGAUUCAGGACAAAGGCCGAGUUACCUGUCCAACAUGCCGGGCUGUGGUGAGAAAGACUGUAGAAGGACUGAAGAAACAUAUGGUAAAUUGCAGGAAGGAAAUGUUCACAUGUCAUCACUGCGGGAAGCAGCUGAAGUCUUUAGCAGGGAUGAAAUACCAUGUCAUGGCAGACCAUAACAAUCAGCCAGUUGUGAAGGAGGGUGAAGAAUUGGACGAGCAGCUUGAGCGAGACCGCCUUCGGAAGGUUUUAAAGCGAAUGGGAAAACUAAAGUGUACAAGGGAGGGGUGCACAGGCAGCUUCACCAGCAUAAUGGGAUACCUAUAUCAUGUUAAAAAAUGUGGGAAGGCUGCUUCCGAGCUGGAGAAAAUGGCUAUGAAGUGCCAUCACUGUGGAAAAGCAUACAGAUCAAAGGCAGGACUUGUCUACCACCUCCGAUCUAAGCACGGGCCGGUCACUUUCCUCCAUGAGGAGAGAAAAACAGAGAACGUGAAAGAAAUGAAACGGGAGCAAAACAACACAGGCAGAGUUCAGAGGAGAUCUGCAAAGGUGGCAAUCUACUAUCUCCAUGAGCUGGCAGGAGAAGAACUGGCCAAAGAGUGGCCUAAAAGAAAAGUUCUGCAGGACUUGAUUCCAGAUGACCGGAAGCUGAAAUACACUCGUCCCGGACUGCCCACAUUUAGUCAAGAUGUGCUGUGCAAAUGGAAAACGGAGAUAAAAAUGUACCGAAGAGUCCACUGCCCAAAUCAGGGUUGUGAAUCUGUGUAUGGCAGUGUCUCAGGACUCAAGUCUCACCUUGGCACAUGUACCUUGGGAGACUUUGUGGCUGGUAAAUACAAGUGUCUCCUGUGUGAGAAGGAGUUCAUUUCAGAGAGUGGGGUCAAGUAUCACAUCAACUCUGUGCACGCUGAGGACUGGUUUGAUGUGAAUACAACGACUACCAAAAGUUUUGAGAAGCUAAUGAAAAUUCGCCGAAGGGAAGAGCAGAGGAAGCAACGGAAGAAACGUCCUUUGACCAGGGGCAAAAAGAAGAGAGCUGGCACCCUGGCUGCCAAGAAGCUCCCCGCUGUUGGAGUUGAAAAAAUGAGGAGAAGUAAGAGAGGUUGUCCACAACGAGUGGACAACGAGAGUGCAAGCAGUGAGGAAGGGACACCCCAAGUCGCACAGAGAGCUGAAGUUCCAAAAACCAGCCGCAAGCGAGGCCGAAGCAAAUCCCUAGAAGUUGAGAAGGAAUAAUUCUAAGGCUUUUCAGUUACAAGCCCCACUUCUGUCAGGCUCAUAACCCGCAGCACUAAUAUAAGCAACUGAAUGUCUUUGGGACUGUGACUCAAUUCUGCAGGUGACUUUGAUACUGAAACUUCUGUAUCUGGUCAGUUGUAAGGAAUACAAACCAAAGCUGUGGUGCAGAGGCUCCUUCUGCUGGUGUAGUUCCUUUGGACAGUGGCACUAACAGUGUACCAGUGUGAUUCCCUCCAGGUGCAGUCUCAGUUUGGUCAUACUAGUUGCUUGUUUAGUGGUUUCCAGUACAGCAGGUGUCUGUUUUGUCUUCUUCCUCUGAUGUGUGAGAUCAAGGUUCUUUUUUACAAUUCUUCUCAUAAGGGACUGACUAGCAGAAUGUUUAGGUCUCUUCAAGGUGGAAAUCUUUUCUUGCACAGAAUGCACACAAACUAAAUAUGAAAACAGUGCUGUGCGGAAUGCAAAGACUCCAGCUUGCCCUGUCAUUCUCUCAUUUGUUGUCAGCUAGGCUGCCACAAAAGAGACCUUCUCAGUGUUUGCUGUAUCCUGUUGCACAAGGCUCUGUUUCAUACACCGGUGUUUAGGCUCAGCACCCGACAGCAGUGUGUCUACUUGGAUGGGAUGGAAGGUCAUUAUUACCCUUGUCAGGAACCCACUGUUCCCUGGCAUCUGUUUCCUGUAAUGCUGGACAUUAAAGAUAUGUAGAAAGUCUUCCAGUGCUGCAAGGACUGAAUUCUUCCAAGCCCUUUGGAGAUUCAGUGGCCUUUCAGAGACGCCGGUAACUAAUGUACUGAGAUGGCCUUUGUGUGCUCUCUGAAGCCCACUUGUUUCAUGCUUACCUGGGAAACAUACUGCAAGACCGUGCAUACCUACAUGAGCAGCCUGCUAGUGCUGGGACCAGAUUCCAUGAAGCUGCCAUGCCAGCUUGUGGUUCUUUGUCGUGCCAGUGCUCCCACAGUGUCCUUUUUCCCUGCUUGGCAGAUACCACCUUCACUGUCUUACAUAACCCGUUUUUUUCAGUAUCACCUCUCUGUGCAAAAGAGGUGUAUUAGCAGUGGCUUCCCUGUUUAAAAAAGGUUAAAAGAAGAGGGGUCAUUAUUUUAAGUCAUGUGUUGGCAUUGUCUCUGGAUCAUGAGGAAUAUCUUCCUGUGCUCAAUCAUCGAAUGGUAAGGGGUCAAAAUGAACCUUAGAGGUCAUUUAGUCUCACCCCCUGCUGCCACAAGAAGGGACUCAUCCCACUAGACCAGGUUGCUCAAGGCCUUCUCCAACCCGGCUUUGAACACUACCAGGGCUGGGGCAUCCACAGCCUCCCUGGACAGCCUGUUCCAGUGUCUAAAUGCAGCAGAUGGCAUGGAAGCUAGCAGGAAGCAUCAGCACAGGCAGUCCUAUUUUUCAAAGAAUGGGUUCUCCAGAAUCUCUGUUAUUCAAAGACCCAGUGUACCAGAAAAUUGCAAAAUUUGCACUGUCUGAUAAAGUUGCUGGUGCUGAAAUUCACAGGGAAGCCUUUGCAGUGUCUGGGGAGCAGGCAGGUUUGUACAUGUGUGUUAGUAUCAGCAUGAUCACAUUGUUCUUGACCGUGGGGAAUACUGUGGGUCAAGGUGGUCUCAGAAACUGCCUUUGGCACCAGGUGCUACUGCAUUUGCAGUGCUGUGCUGAAAGCAGAUGUGUGGACUGUGCAGAGUGCGUAAAGUCUGCAGUGAGAUUGGCAAGAUCAAAAGACAACAAAAUAAAAUGUCACCAGUGCAAGAA